AUGAGUAUUCUGUCAGAUUCUGAAAGCAAUAUACGUUUGUUGAUUAUGUCUAAAUCCAGUCAAAAUUGCUAUUUUUUAUCAAAUAUUAUCAAAUCUAAUGUCAAAAAAGUGAUCUACUCGUAUGAAACGUGUUCACUUGAUGACAUUUUGUCCUUUAUAAUUGCAGAAUUAGGUGGACAAAAAGCAUUGAGUAUUGCAUUUCUUCUUCAUGGUACACCUAAAGAAAUGUACUUAGCUGGAAGCGGAAAUGUAGUUCUGUCUUGUGCAACUUUGGAAUGUGAUAAAAAUUUGAAGGAAUUCUUCAUUUGCUUGUCAUCAACAUUUAUGCAAAUUAGAAAAGUUGGAGCAAGAAUUGAUUUUCUCAACUCUCCUUUAAAAGAUGAAUCAGAGUCGAUCAGAUUAUGUGAAAAAUUGCAGAAAGUUGUAUCAUGCCCUGUGCAAAUAUCUCAAGAUAUAUAUGGAUCUGAAAUUAAAGGUACUUCCUAUCCUAAUAGAGAUAAUAAAAUAGUGUCAGUUAUGGACUUGUAUUUCAUUCCUGAAAAAAUGGAGGAAUUUCUCAAUGCAUCAUUACAAAGCCAAAUGCAGAAUUUAUCUGGUUAUGAAAAAAUUAGAACUGUUGGCAAAGGGGCCUUUGGAACAGCUGUCUUGUACAGAAAAAAAUGUGAUGAUUCUUUCGUUAUUGUGAAGGAAAUUAAUAUGCAUGAUCUCACUGCCAGUGAAAGACAACUUGCUAUGAACGAGGUUAGUGUGCUAUCUUUACUGAACCAUGAAAAUAUCGUAAGUUAUUAUGACAGCUUUGAAAAUGAUGGAAUUUUGAUGAUUGAAAUGGAGUACGCUGAUGGAGGAAAUUUAGCCCAGUACUUGUCACAGAUGAAAAGUCCAAUGGAAGAAAAGGAGAUUUUAUUAUUAUUCAAGCAAAUUGUCGCAGCUAUAAAACAUAUGCAUGACCACAAUAUAUUGCACAGAGAUUUGAAGACUGCUAAUAUUUUCUUGACAAAAGAUGGUACUGUUAAAGUUGGAGACUUUGGCAUAUCAAAAAUGUUAACUACAAAGCAAGGUGGUGCUCUAACUGUUGUUGGAACUCCUUAUUACAUUAGCCCUGAAAUAUGUGAAGGUAAAUUCUAUAAUCAAAAAUCUGACAUUUGGGCCCUCGGAUGCAUAUUAUAUGAAAUUGCUUGCCAACAGAAGACAUUUGAAGGCUCUAAUUUGCCUGCAUUGGUGAAUAAAAUUGUUAAAGGUCAAUUUGCUCCAGUGAAAGGGAAUUAUUCCCCUGGAUUCAAACAACUUAUUCGAGAACUCUUGCAAAGAGAUCCUGAUUUGCGGCCCACAGCAACCGAAAUUUUACAUCACAAGUUACCUCCAUUGCUUGACAUAUACGAGGACAAAAGCAUAGCAUAUUACGAUGAUGAUGCUGAAAUUUCCAUGGACUUCAAUUACCAAGGACAGCCUGCAGUUGGAAAAAAGCAUUUCUCAAAUAGCUUAAGAUCAGUCUUAUAUGAUGUGACAAUGCAUCAAGCAGACAUAUCUCUCUCACCAAUACCACUUCCUCCACGAAGUAAAAUUAAAGAGGUCUGCUUAAGUUCAACUCAUAUGAUUGUACUUACAUCAGAGCUCUUAGUGUAUACUUGGGGUGAUGGAAGGAAAGGCCAACUAGGCCAUGGAAAAUUAGAAACAUGGAGAGAUAAACCAUUUUGCGUAGAGACACUGAAAGGAAAAAAUAUUACCAGGAUUUGUGCCGGGGAAGGUUUCAGUGUCUUUUCUAGUGACAACGGCAUCCUGAUGACAUGUGGUAAUGGCGCCCAUGGAUGUCUAGGUCAUGGCGACUGGAAUAUGUGCAUCAAGCCCAAACUGAUUGAAAAACUUCUCAGUGUGGAUGUCUGUGAUGUAAGUUGUGGUCCAUAUCAUGUGGUCGUUAUUGGCAGUGCUGGGGAAGCUUUUGCCUGGGGAUGUGGUUCAAGUGGUAGGCUUGGUACUGGCAGAGAAGAAGAUUGCUGUUCUCCUUGUGAAAUACUUUUACCAAACGAUGUAAAAGUUGUGAGAUCCUAUUGUGGAUAUGAUGGAACUAUGUUUAUUACUGAAAGAGGUUCUUUGUAUGCUUGUGGACUAAAUGAUUCCAAUAAACUUGGAUUGAAUGAGCAAAAAGGCUUCCUAAUGCAAAUGAAGCAGUUCAUUGCUAAGACAGAAGUUGAAAAGCAGACCAUUCCUACAAAGGUAGCUUGGCUAAGGCAGAAAGUCAUCUCUGUAUCUAUGGGAGCAGCUCACACAGCUGUUUUAGUGGAGCCUUGCAAAUUGAUAACUUUUGGUGGAAACAAGAGUGGACAGCUUGGAAGGGGGAACCUGAAGAGUCACUCUGCACCAGCUGUGGUAAAAUCCAUGGCUGACAAAACCGUAACAAUUGUGCAGUGUGGAGAUACAUUUACAAUUGCUGCCACUGCAGAAAAUGCUGUUUAUUUUUGGGGUAGCAGGCAAGUCCUUGUGCCAUCUGAGAAGGAGCAGAAUUUGUCAUCUAGUUCUACGAAAAAAUUCAAAUCCAAAAGUACUGAUAGGAAGUACAGUGAUGGAGAGAUUAGUGAUACAUCAGUUUCAGAAAUAAUUAAAAUUGGCGUUAGUAACAGUCCCCUAAUGACGGAAAUCGAACGAAUAGGACCCGAUUCACCUAUAAUCCAAGUGAAAACACCUGAUGUCCCCUUUUCCGGCUCACCCACUUCCUCCAUUUCUAGUCGUAAAUCAGCAUCGUCUCAUGGAGAGGAGGACAGAGAUAAUUUUGUUGAUUCAUGCAGUGGAAGAAGAGACGUGAUAUUGCAUCCGAAAGAAAUUUUGGCAUUGUAUGCUUCUCCUGCUCAAAUUGCAAAAGGCGAAAUGGUCAGUGUUGCAAAUAUUUAUUGCUUUGGGAUGCAGGUGUAUCUUGUGGUAGACACAACUGCUCCUUUGCCCCGAGGACUCAGUAAAAAAAGUAGUAGUUCUGCAAAUCAAGAAAAUGAAGUGAAAAAAUUCAGCCCUCCACCGGCUUUUUCUGAACCUAAAGUUACGUUACCUGAUGUGCCUGAUGAAGAUAGUCUUGGUCCUAUUCCAGAUUGGUUAAAGAUGGAAUUAGCAAAUGCUGUUUCUUCAACUACUAUAUCAAAAAAUAUCACUACCACAACUAUGGGUUGUCUUCCAAAUGAUUGCAAACAAAACCCACCGAAAGUAGAACCAAAGAUAGCUAAACAAGAUUUGCAACAUAUCAAAGUAAAAACCUAUACAAAUGAAUCUGACAAAAUUGAAAACAGAGAAAUGCAGCAUCAAAGCAGCGAUGUAAAUGGCAACCAAAAUCUGAAUAUAAAUAGAGAAAAACAGUUAGAAAAUGAAAUUUUGAAACUAAAAGAAGAAUUGAAAAAGUACCAGAAAACAUCAAUGAACAAGAAUUCUGAAGUUGAUCGAUUAGAAUUUUCAGAUGGAUAUUAUGAUGAAAGGCCUGUUUCUAAGAAGAGUUUUUGGUCAAGAAGAAGCAGUCAAACAUCUAGUCGUAGACAGCGAAGUAGAAUUUGCACACUUCAAUGA